AUGGGUGGGCGAAGAUGGAUGAGCGUACGGCCACCAGAUAAGAAUGCGAAGGAGACUGGAAUAGCCAGCGAGAGGUCCGCACCCCGGAAGAAAGUCACAAUACAGCACCUGCACAACCUGCGCAGGGCGGGGACGCCCAUCGCCAUGGUCACGGCGUACGACUUCCCCACCGGCCGGGCGUGCGACGCGUACGGGGCGGACAUGACGCUCGUCGGCGACUCCCUCGCCCAAGUGUGCCUCGGCUACGACAGCACCACGCAGCUCACCAUGGACGAGAUGCUGCACCACUGCCGCGCCGUCGCGCGCGGGAGCAAGGCGCCGUUCCUGCUCGCGGACAUGCCGUUCGGGUCGUACCACGCGAGCGCGGAGGACGCGGUGCGCAGCGCGGUGCGGCUCGUGCAGGAGGGCGGCGUGGAGGGCGUGAAGAUGGAGGGCGGGGAGGAGAUCGUGCCCGCGGUGCGCAGGCUGACGAGCAUCGGGAUCCCCGUGAUGGCGCACGUCGGCCUUCUACCGCAGCGGCACGCGUCGCUCUCGGGGUACCGCGUGCAGGGCAGGGACGCGCAGUCCGCGGUGUCCGUCCUGCGGUCGGCUCUGGCUCUCGAGGCGGCGGGCGCGUUUUCCGUGGUCCUGGAGGCGGUCCCGCAUCUGCUCGCCACGCAUAUCACGAACAGGUUGUCUGUACCGACGAUCGGGAUCGGCGCGGGCCCGGGGACCAGCGGGCAGGUCCUUGUGUGGGACGAUCUCAUGGCGACCUGGCACGGGCACAAGGCCAAGUUUGUAAGGCGCUUUGCGGACGGGCAGGCGGAAGAGAGGAAGGGCGUCACGGGUUUCGUGAAUGCGGUCAAGGAGCGAAGCUUCCCAGAUCUGGCGAAUGAGAGUUACGACAUGGAUCAGGUCGAAUGGGAAAGGUUCCUUGAGGCAGAAAGGGAUUAUAGUGUCUAA